CUGAAGAAAAAUUACGAAAGUCACUUACAACAAUCAAGGAUGAGAGAAAUACCAUCUAUCAGAAGAAAGCUAAGUCUUUGCUAGAUAAUUUUGAGCCGUGGACGCAGUCAAUUAACUGUGAGAGGUAUUGGUUGGAUGUGGAGACCUCACUCGGUAGGGUAUGUUUAGAUUUUGUGAGGUAUUGGUUGGAUGUGGAGACCUCACUCGGUAGGUUGGCGCAUGAAGUGACAGGACGAAUUUUAGCUGGAGAGAUUUUAGUAAAUCAAGAUCACGAUGAUGAAUCAGGAAGCAAUUCACCACUUCACGAUGAGUUUGUGAAAGAAAUAUAUGAAACUGAAGAAGAUUAUUCUGAUCUGGAAUCCGUUAAUGACAAUAAUAACGAUGACCCUGAUUAUGUUUAUAGCCCGUCUUCGUCCUGUGACGAAACAAAGGUCACAAAGUCAGCUCGUAAGUUGAAUAGUGACGAAAAAACACCAUCUGUAUCGCCAGCUAAACGGACGAAAUUAAAUGAAGAUACAAUUCUAGAUGUUGUAUCUGAUUUAAAUGAGAGUGCGAGUUUUAAUUACGGGCUCAGAAAUUAUGAAGAGGGAAUAAUUAUUGAUCCUGAGUUAGCCCUUCAAGAAACGGAUGAGGAAUCAGUACCAGUAUAUGAACACCUCUUUGACAAGAAUACUUGGAAAAAAUGGAAACUAAAAUCUGAUGCAAUUGUGGCUGAUCUUUUGGAUCAAUUUGUCUAUAAAAAAGGACAUCCUCUUAGAUAUACAAGACGUGCAACUAUUUCUAAUCAUACGGAAACAAUAUCUAGCCUUCAAAGACAAAGGUCACUUGAAUCCUUAGGACAAAGCAUAGAGGAAAUUCGGCUUUUGAAUAAUAUUCAUGAAAUAGUUAAAGAUGAAGAUGUUAGAAAACUUCUCUUGGAGUCAUUAAAAUGUGUUCCCGGAGUUUUCUGUGAUACAACAAUCAGAUGUAUCGGAAUCAGACUACGGAGGUUACGUUAUACAUCCUUCACUGCAAGUUGUAAUUUUCAGUUUAGAGAAGAGCAUACACUAUCAUAUCUAAAGAGAUCUACUAUUGAGGUUGGACAUUUAGAAAUGAGCGGUGGGUACAGACAUAAAGAUCUUCCUAGAUCAACGUGA